AUGACAGCAGGUGGCGUUGACCCUCCUCGACCCCCGUCACAUGACUCCAAUGGAAAAAGGACAACUGCAAAGAAAAAGCGAUACGUGGUUAGACUAUUACCACCUCGAGAUAGUCUAACAUCAUCUACCCCAUCUCCAUCUUCUGUGUCUAUCCCAGUUAGGCCUCCCGAUGUUGCACCUACACCAUCUCCACCUCCAACUAAAGCUAGACCAUCUUCAUCUCAUGUUAAUGCACCUGGACCAUCUCCGGUACCUGCAUCCACACCAUCUCCAUCCUCCGUUGAUGCACGUGGACCAUCCCCAGUACCUACAUCCACACCUUCACCAUCUCUGCCUGUGGGCAAUUUGCCUAUAGAUGAAGAUGCUGUAAAUUUGGCAAUGGAAAACCCCCCUCUUAAUAAUCGUCUUAUGGUUACAUUAAUUAAUGGAGCAUAA